AAGUAAUCUUCUCUGCAUAAAUAAAUUCAAUAACAAACAUUAAAUAGUUGGUACUUGAGUUUGGAAGGGUUAAUCAGCAAGUUUUUGCGCCAAACAGAUCAUGUCAAUAUCUUAUCAUGCGUAUGAAUCGGAUCCUUAGAGAGUUUGUAGAGGUGAAAUAUAUCUAAUCAUUAAUGUUAUUGUGAUGUGUGACGUGGCUCCUAGUGAGUCAGCUAUUUAUUCCAUUAGCAUUGCAGGGAUUAUCCUUUUUUAUGUAACAACAAAGAGAAAGAGAUAGCAAGAAAGAAGAAUAAUAUUAAUGGGUGCUGCAUCAUCAAGUUCAACAACAUCUGAGACAGAGUCAUCAACAACACCUGAUGCUAAGGUUACAGGCCUUUUCAUAUAUCCUGUUAAGUCAUGCCGUGGAAUUCCUCUUUCUAAUGCUCCACUCACACCUUCUGGAUUUCGAUGGGAUCGACAGUGGAUGGUUGUCAAUUCAAAAGGGAGGGCAUGCACUAUAAGAGUUGAACCAAGGUUUGCUUUGAUUGAUGUUGAACUACCACCUGAGGCAUUUCUUCAACACUGGGAACCAACCACUGAUUCCUUUAUGGUGUUGAAAGCACCUGGGAUGGAACCUCUGAAAGUUUGUUUGAACAAACAGUAUGAAGUAGAAGAUGAUGUUACGGUGUGGGAAUGGACUGGCUCUGCCUGGGACGAGGGAGCUGAAGCAUCACAGUGGUUCUCAGAUUAUUUAGGAUAUCCUGCUAAACUGGUCCGCUUCAAUACUGCUUCAGAAGUUAGAAAAGUAGACCCUGAUUAUGUCAAGGGACAGCACCAGACCUUUUUCAGCGAUGGUUAUCCGUUCUUACUCGUAUCUCAGGAUUCAUUGGAUUCACUAAACGAGCUUCUAGAGGAACCGAUACCUAUGAAUCGUUUCAGACCCAAUAUCCUUGUUGAAGGUUGUGGACCAUAUUCUGAAGACCUAUGGAGAGAUAUCAAGAUAAGCAGGUUUUCAUUUCAAGGAGCCAAACUGUGUGGCCGUUGUAAGGUACCAACAGUCGAUCAAGAGACAGCAAUGUAUGGAGAUGAACCAACUAAAACUCUCAUGAAAAUUAGGUCUGGCGAAGUCUUACGACCAAAUAGUGACAAAAACAAAAAGAUGGUCUACUUUGGUCAGAAUGUAGUGUGGAACUGGAAUGAAUCUUCUGCUAAAGGGGAUGAAAAAGUUCUUAAAUUGGGAGAUCCUGUUUAUGUUAUCAAAAAAGUCUCUUCUCCAGCAGAAGCAGCUGCUUAAAAGGCUACAAUGACACAAACUUUAUCAAACAUGAGUAUAGUGGUUAUGCUGAAAUUAAGUGAUAAUGCAUCAUUCAUGAUGGUUGCUGAACUUUGCUUUGAGGAGUUGUAAUGUAAUGCAUCUCUAUUAUGUCUUGUAUAUCCAAAUAAUCAUGGAGAUCAAAUUUCUUGGACAAAUUAAGAUAAAACGUGGCUAGAGGGAUUCGAUAAGGCGACUGUAAACGUAAGCUCCGUGUGUGUGGUUCCAUUCAGUUCUUUGCAUUCUAAAAAAUGUUUUUUUUUUUUUCUUUCUUUCA